AUGUCGUUAAGAGAGUUGAAAGUAUGCCUGCUUGGGGACACAGGGGUUGGAAAGUCAAGUAUCGUGUGGAGGUUUGUGGAGGAUAAUUUUGACCCCAACAUUAAUCCCACGAUUGGAGCAUCAUUUAUGACCAAGACUGUGCAGUACCAAAAUGAGCUUCACAAAUUCCUCAUCUGGGAUACAGCCGGACAAGAAAGGUUUCGUGCCCUGGCUCCCAUGUACUACAGAGGCUCUGCUGCGGCUAUCAUAGUGUAUGACAUCACUAAAGAGGAAUCAUUCCAGACUCUAAAGAACUGGGUGAAAGAACUUCGCCAGCACGGACCACCCAACAUAGUGGUGGCUAUUGCUGGCAACAAAUGCGAUCUCUCCGAUGCCAGAGAGGUGUCGGAGAAAGACGCCAAGGACUACGCCGACUCUAUUCACGCCAUAUUUGUUGAAACCAGUGCCAAAAAUGCCAUUAACAUCAAUGAGGUCUUUAUUCAGAUAAGUCAAAGAAUCCCGGUUUUAGAUGGCGAAGGUUCUUCUGCGGUCAGGGGCUUCAAACUACGUCGCCAACCAGCUGAGUCGACCAGAGAGCGUUCUUGCUGCUGACGUGGUCGUAAACAAUCCGGCCAAACCCUCUGGAACCUUCACGACCGCUCACUUUCUUUCCAUUAGUAUCCACGAAGAAUAGCAAAUGAAGAAUGUGAUGUCAGAGGAAGUUAUGUAACGUCCCUUUUAAGCUGCAAAAAGAAGUCAGAUAUGGAUUUAGACUCCAGAUCCUGACGCAGUGUUCGCUACCUUGAGAAGAGAAAAUGCCCUCCUGCAGUCGUUGAACCUCAUCUUAUUCCUCUGCCCUGUUCAGAGGUCCUUAGGGAUCAGUUCCGGUUCUAGAUCACUGCCCAGAAUCAGACGGCAACAAAACACCUGCCGAACAGAUCAGUGUGCUGUCUUGGUCUCUCACAUUCUCUCUCUCUUUCUCGUUCUCCUGCGAAUACUCUGUUAAACUCUGUGUCUUCUGCACUGUAUAUGCAUAUUUACAUUUUUAGCAUUCUGUCUCAAUGCAAGCUUUCUCGUCUCCUUAUUUUUGCAUUUAUAUACGUGUAUAAAUGGGUGGAUCUUGUCAAAUCUGGUAAGAACUUUUCUGGAUCAUAUUUUCCCCAAAAUCAAAGGAAAGAAAAAAAGGUUUUGCCUAUAGAAAGUACGUCAUCCUGCAAAAUUGCUAAAAUAAUAUUAUAAAGCAAUGCUUACAUUUUGCAAAAUAAUGGGUAACGUGACCAAGACAUGCAAACGUAAGUUUUCUACCACACAAGUCUCAAAAUGUGUGUAUUUCUGUUCUGUAGAAAUACACACAGUGUGUGCUUUAGUUACAAUAUAACUUUAUUUUACUUGCAUUUUGUAUCAUCUUUAAAAGAGAAAAGAAAUCAAGAAUAAACCAAGAUUAGUACUAUAAUACGGAUUGGUUAAUCUGAAAUAUUUUUGGGCAAAACCUAAAUAUGCAUUAGCGGCAAGGUUUUAAGACUUUAUUAUCUUAGAGUUUAUGAAUAGGUCAGUUAAAUGUAAGAAUGUGUGCCAAAUCUUUUUGAAAUGUAGUUCUUGAAGAACUUUUGUAACAGAAAGGUAACAAUUUAACGAGUAAUAGUAACAGAUUGUCACAUAGUAACAGAUUGACAAGACCAUAAUGUUGAUGACAGGAGUGUGAGGUCACCAAAAAAAGUUUGCAUAUUUAUAAGUUUGCAAGUCAAGAUAACAAUAAUAACAAAUUCUUUGUCUAUAUGUUGUAAAAAAAAGUUUAAAUGAACGAUUACGUGUUUUACAAUGUCUGUCCGUUGUUACUGCUUGUAUUGCAUAUUGAUGUCAUUAGGGAAGUACAGGCCUCACACUUUGAGAUAAAGUUGCCCAGUUUUGAAGUGUUAGAUAUGAUAACAUUUCCAACUGUUCACAAGUUUUCCAUAUCAGAAUUUUAAUAGCGGGAAGGAGUCAAAUACCGGUGUUUUGUAGAUUAAUUUUGCUAGAGCGUUGCAUUGUGGGCUUUGGUCCUGGACUUUGUUAAUGCAUGCUUUAGGUCUGAAUCUUUCUGAAAUUGCUAUUUAACCAUUUGUGCUGCAGGUCUCUUCAGAUCCCUUUUUAUGGCGUUUUUACUGGUUCAAGUGGUUUUUGAGGUCUUGCCAAAUGCCUUAAUUGUUUCAUAAACAUUUUCUUCUAUGCUUCACUUUUUUUUGCUAAAUAUGUUUUGGCCUUCACAUCCAACAUCCUUUUACUAUCUGUACAGGGAUUACAAAUGUGUUUUUGGAAACCAGACACGUUUCAGAAAGAACAAAACUUUUUGAGCUCCUAAAUCUUGCCGUAAAAAUCCAAAACAGAAUUGUUAUGCAAUACCAAAUAUUAUGAUUUUCAUGCACCCCAAAAUUUUCCUUAAGUACUGUUAAUGUCCAUAUUGUCUUAAUUUGAGAGGAAAAGUUAUUUGAAGAAUUUAUCGCAUAUAUUUAAUUGCAUAUUCAUCAAGCAUCUUAUAGUUUUAAUCUUAGACAUACAUUGUCUUGUGAAAUCAUUUACUGUUAUAAUCUGUUACGUUUUAUUAUACGUGCAUACCCACAAUGCUAAAGUUAAUAUGUGUUUAAAUGUACACAAGCACAAAUCACACCACCUCUUAGUUGUUUUUAAAGUUAUGUGGCUUCUGUUGUGUUUUAUAAUGGUACUUAAAGAAAUGAAAUGUGACAGUGACAGAAUGUUGAUAGUGUAGCAGAAUGGAUAUUAUGGGCAUUGUCUUGAGUUUCAUCUAUCCUAUGACACUAUAUAUGCAAGGUUGCCAAUGUUCAUGAUGUUGUGCAAUAAUAAUACUUGUUUUCCCACAAAAACUAUGCUGUCGAUUCAGUUGCAUGAAUUUAGAUGUUAGCCCCACAGACAUAUUUAUAGGCUUAUUACAGUCAGUUAGAUAAUCCAUGAAUUUGAUCUUUUCAAUAUUUUCCUUCAAUUGUUUUUUUAAUGAAAGAGAGGAACUGGCAGAACUCCGGAAAGUUUGCACUUUUGAAAAUUGCUGCGUGUCAAUCUGUGUCCUUUUGCCCUUGUCAAAAUAACUCGCAAUGUUUUGAAAAAUGAUAUUGCUAAGCAGUCUCUAUUGAUGUUUAUACAGAAAACAGUAUAAUUACCAUAUAAAAUGAAUCGUCCGCUGACUGUAAUGUACCACUUGAUAAGUAAAUGCUCUGUUACACUUAAACUUCACCUUUUUUGUUUUCUUUGUCAUGUAAAACUUUUUGGAGUAGGAAACUUGGCUCAACUAAUGCUGGGUUUUUAUUAUACAUUUUGAGGGGCCGUUACAAUGUGUGGAAAUGCAUUAGACUAGCCAUAGAUGUUGUCGAAUACAACGUUUGUGAUCCACUAAAUGGCUUAAGGUCUUGAAUUCUUAGAAAAGGAAUCAAAGUCUUUUUGUCCUCUCGCACGGGAGCACAAACUUUGUGCUAACGCCUUUGAAUGGAACUACACUUAAGGAGGACAAAAAUAACAUGCCGUCUGGUUGUGUGGUUUUUAGAUCGAAGUACAAUGCUAACGGUCUUGGGCUGGCCCUAAGAAAGUUGUGAAAUGUUUAACUUGUAGAUACCACAAAUUAGAUUCAUUUUGUAAAUAAUAUGUAGUCUUUCUGUUAUACUUAACCAUAACUUUCUAUUGUAUUUCAAUAGAAGUAAUUUAACCUCAUUUAAGUUUCUAUACCAUUUCGCCUUUCACUUUUAUUUUCUCAGGCUUCAAAAUGACAUUUUAUUUGUUAAUGUGCAAAAGGGAAAUGUUGAGCUCUUUAUUAAUAUUAAAAUACAAAAUCCAUAUGCAUUUGUCAUUAUUAAAUUUGGACAGGCAAGUUGGGAUUGUUCGAUCUUUAAUGUGUUAUCUGAUAUGAAACAGGUAAGAUUUAUCUAGUUUUAAUUUUAUACAAGUGUAAAUAAGGGUUCAAUUCAGAGGUCCUGAGAAUCUGUUUGCAGCUGUAACGGUUUCUGCUGUACUGGUCACUGGGCUAUAGCCUAUAUAUAAAUAUGACACUUGUGGUAUGUGAGUAUCUUUGGCAGGUUUGCCCUGUUGCUCUUUUAACUGUGCUGAGGAAAGUAAAACUGUCAUACAAGUGCUUGUUCAACAGCCAUGCCGACUGUAAAUUGCCUCUUCUAAACUGAAGUGUGCUAAUGCAUACAUUGUUGUGUAUCACAGGGCUCAGUUAUUUUGUUUAGUAUCUGUUGUGACAAGUCACAGUUCACCCAAAAAGAAAACAUAAUUUAAAUUUAUAUUGGGAGUAAACAAGACCUAAUUUAUAUUGCACCAUUUAGAUUGUUUUACUUACGGACAUUAUUUCAUGAAAAUUAAGCACAUUUCCCCCUCAUGUUCUUAGCAGGCAUUUUACAGUUUAGACACGUUAUGUUGAAUGGUGUUUUUACUCAUUUUAAUCGAAUAUAUUAUUAUUUAGUAUAUUCUUAUUAUAUUAUAUUAUAUUAUAUGGCUAUUUUUUAUUUAAAACGGAACAACACAUUACCAUGAUGAGAAUACUUUAAAAGUGUACAGUACAGCAUGCAUGGUCUUAAAAAUGUGCUUUAUUUUACUUUAAUAACUACUUUAGUCAAAAGAUAAUUUACCUUUUUGGGAUGAUUAUAUUACUAGGGCAUGUUUUGUGACAGAGCUUAUAAAGAUUGUUUACAAUGGAUCAGCUUCAAUGAGCAUUUCAGCGUAAUCAUAAUUUGUAGUAAUGGCUGAGUAAUAUGUGCUGUUUUAUCUUUCAUUAGCCGCUAAUUAAUAAAAUAUAAGGA